UAGAGCUAUGGAUAUUCCCCUCAUUUUAUGAUAAUAAUUUUUUCUAUAUUAGCAUAUAAUUACUGAAUUGUAUGUAUAUAGAUCAAAUAUCGGACGUAUGCUCAAAAGGGUACAUGUGGGUUUGUGGGGUUUGAGGGUCCUCUGCUAAUCUGAGCAAGAUGGGUGUGCUGGAUCUAGCUUCUUCAAGGGCAGCAGCGGCCACUGUUGUAGUGCUGGGUUUGGUCUUGAGCUUUGGAGUGGUGUGCAAUGGAGGCAAAACUAGUAGUUUUGUGAGGAAAGUUGAGAAGACUGUGGACAUGCCUCUUGACAGUGAUGUAUUCAAAGUCCCUCCUGGCUAUAAUGCACCGCAACAAGUUCAUAUUACACAAGGAGACCAACUGGGAAAGGCAGUGAUCGUUUCAUGGGUUACUGUGGAUGAACCCGGUUCCAGUAGUGUGCUUUACUGGAGUGCAAACAGCAAGAAAAAGAAGGCCGAGGGCAAAAUUACAACCUAUAAAUUCUACAAUUACACUUCCGGUUACAUUCACCACACCACUGUCAGAAAUUUAAUGUUCAAUACCAAAUACUACUAUGUGGUUGGAAUUGGCCAUACCGAGCGGCAGUUCUGGUUUAUAACUCCUCCUGAAGUUGGUCCCGACGCCUCUUACACAUUUGGACUCAUAGGGGAUCUGGGACAGAGCUAUGAUUCAAAUAAGACACUUACUCAUUACGAGUUAAACCCGCAGAAAGGACAAGCAGUAUUGUUUGUUGGGGACCUCUCUUAUGCAGAUAACUACUCAAAUCAUGACAAUGUCAGGUGGGAUACUUGGGGAAGAUUCAUCGAGAGAAGUGUUGCUUAUCAACCUUGGAUAUGGACUGCAGGAAACCAUGAAAUCGAUUUUGCCCCAGGAAUCGGUGAAACCAAACCUUUUAAGCCUUACAGUCACCGGUAUCAUGUUCCCUAUAAAGCAUCUGGGAGUACUUCCCCCUUUUGGUAUUCGAUCAAGAGAGCUUCGGCAUACAUCAUAGUCUUGUCUUCUUAUUCGGCAUAUGGUAAAUACACCCCUCAGUACAAAUGGCUCGAGGAGGAACUACCGAAGGUUAAUAGGAGUGAAACACCAUGGUUGAUUGUUUUAAUGCAUUCUCCAUGGUAUAACAGCUACAACUAUCACUAUAUGGAAGGAGAAACCAUGAGAGUGAUGUAUGAGCGAUGGUUUGUGACGUACAAAGUCGACGUGGUAUUUGCUGGUCAUGUCCAUGCGUAUGAACGAUCUGAACGUGUAUCCAAUGUUGCAUACAACAUCGUAAAUGGCAUUUGCAAACCUGUGAAAGAUCAAUAUGCACCAGUGUACAUUACGAUUGGUGAUGGAGGAAAUCUUGAAGGCUUAGCGACAAAUAUGACAGAACCACAGCCCGAUUACUCAGCUUAUAGAGAGGCCAGUUUUGGUCAUGCUACUUUCGACAUCAAGAAUCGAACCCAUGCCUACUAUAGUUGGCACCGUAAUCAAGAUGGAUAUGCGGUAAAAGCUGAUUCGAUGUGGUUUUUCAAUAGAUUCUAUCACCCUGUAGAUGAUUCCACAAGUGCUGAAUAAUAACAGAGAAGCAAAUAAACGUUCUCUUAUUGUUCUUUUGAAUAAAUUCCCAAAUGUAUUAUCAAAUAGAAGAUUAAAGUUGAAAUUUGAAUCUCAUAAUUCUGUGUCA